CUGAAAGACAACAUGUCUGUCAUGUAAGCAGAUUGACACAGGGGCUCCAGAUAGUUUCAUAAAUACGGUGAUCUGGAAAUAUAUAUUUGCGAUGCCCACUGAUGCAUUCAGGUCGAGUGUCAUGGGGACAUCAUUCUGACAUAAAUUCCGCGUAAAAAAUUAGAACCAAGAUGAUGGUGACGAAGCCUAUGUGUUUAUUGCGACCUGCCGUGCAGUUUGGCGCCCGCAGGUGGCACUUGCAGACACCCAAACGCCAACUGAGUCGCACCCCCAUCUGUCUUUACAAAGCUGUCAUAUUUGACAUGUAUGGAGUUCUCCUGCCCUCGCCGGUCAAGAUAUUCUCAGCGUUUGAGCAACAGAAUGCGGUUCCCCGAGGCACUUUGGGCAGGGCCAUCAGGGAAAGAGGAGAGUUGAAUGUAUGGGAUAGCUACAUGAGGGGAGAGCUGGAUGCACAAGAAUUUGUAGAGGCCUUCAGCAAGCAAUGCAGUGACAUUGCAGGAUUUCCGGUUCCAAUUGAGUCAUUAAUAUCUGCCCUGACCAGUGGGCCAAUGCAACAACCCAUGCCAGUCAUGAUGGAGGCCAUCGAGUGUAUGCGGUCCAGAGGCCUGAAAACCGCUGUUCUUAGCAACAACUUCCUGACUCUAGAUAAAAAACCCUAUAUGCCACUCAACCCUGCCCUCUUUGAUGUGAUAGUAGAAUCCUGCAGGGAGGGGCUGAGCAAGCCUGAUGCCAGGAUCUUCCAGCUUUGUCUGCACAGACUGGGUGUGUCUGCCCAGGAAGCUGUGUUUCUGGACGAUCUUCAGUUCAAUGUCCAGGCUGCUGCUGACCUGGGAAUUACUUCCAUCAAGGUAGAGGAACCAGAAGCAGCGGUGAGGAACCUAGAAGAGGUGCUGGGCUUCCCCUUAUCACUCUCUGGGACAUCCCGUAGAACCUCCAAGCCCUUCACAGACCAACACACACAGUACCUGAGGACACAUCUACAACUGGAUGACACCAAUAUUAAUGUCCAGACUCUAAAUCCCAGUCAGUCUUUACACUUCGUAACCUCCAGAGGGCGUAAUCUACUACUUCGAACUCAGCUGCCUGGUUCCCAGGCCCUUGGGACAGAGCACAGACUCCUGAAAUCUCUCAGUGGAUCCGGCCUGCCUAUUCCAAAGAUCAUUGACUACUGUGAGGAUCCAAGCCUUGGUGGUCCCUUCCUUCUGAUGGAGAUAUGUCCAGGGCGGAGGUUCACUGACCCAUCCCUACCAGGCCUGGCCCCCACAGAGAGGACUGCCCUGUACCAAGCAAUGACCUCGGCUCUCUGCCAACUCCACUGCCUCGACACCACCUUGCUGAACCUGGAGGGCAAGGAUAUACCAGUGGAGUCACUGGGGGUGCAGGUGGAGAGGUGGAUACAUCAGUAUAGGACUUUUCAGACCCAAUCCAUCCCAGUUGUUAACCGACUCAUCGAUUGGCUACUUCUACACCUCCCUAAAGACCACUCAACUACGCUGGUACAUGGAGACUUCAGGCUCUCUAACUUGGUGUUUCACCCAGAGCGUGCAGAGGUGGUGGGGGUAUUGGACUGGAGUUCAGCAGUCUUGGGAGACCCUCUCUUGGACAUUACUUCCUUAUCCCUCACCCACCACCUACCCCAGGACCACCCCUUAUUCCCAGGUCUGGGAGGCCUACAGGUGGACCAGCUGGGCAUCCCUAGAUGGGAGGAUCUGAUUCGUCAGUACUGCAGCACCGUGGGCAUGGACCCUCCUCCCCAUCUUCAGUUCUACAUGGCGCUACAGCUGUUUCGCCUGGCCUCUCGUCAGCAGGAAGCAGAGCAGCUGGCAGAGCUGGGGUGGGACUUUGCUACCAAGGAAGGCUUCCGUAUCUUCAAUGCCAUGCCAAGGGGACAGACUGUCAUUUAAGGAUGUCCUCUUAAGAACUUGUGUUCAGGGGCACAUGUAGUGAAGAUUGUUGAUUAUGAAAUCAAGCAGUGAUUUAGUUUUCUUGCCUUUUCCCCUGCCAUAAUUGUAUAUGUUCUACUGAUACAUUACCACAUAAUGGUUUCAUGAAAUGAAAUCCUUAAAUGUUAGUGGUUUAUUGUAGAUACGUUUUCAAGUUUAACUUGCAGUGCAUAUAGGUGCAGAGGUGAACAGGUCUGACCUAGUGCACCAUCUAAUGAUGCUAUUAACAGUAUGUUGUCCCAUGUUUGCAUUUACUUUCUUUGAGGCAAUCAGUCUGUUAGAAAAGAGAGAAAUGUUUUUAACUGAUGGUGGUGAAAGACAUUGUGCUGAUUAUGAACAUAUAAACACCUCUAUCUUACCAAA